CUGUAUUAUGGUUCCCCCUUCAUGUGUCUGACGUGAAGAAGCGCAGUGCCUAUGCUGUAGCAGAUAAAAAAUUGUUCAAUUCGUGCAUACAUAUGAAUUUUAAGCAUGAAACUUACGCAAACGCUGGAGCUUUACCCCGACACCAGGGUGACGCAAGUGCUUUUCAAAAGCGUGAAAAACGCCGCAGAACUGAGGCAGAAAGCGGUGGAGGGAAAAAUAAACGGCGCCCUCAUCAACCCGACAAUGCUGGUGGAUCCUUUCCAAGUGCUGGUUGCUGCCAAUAAAGCUUUUCAUUUGCACUCCAUUGGAAAGAUGAAGACCAGAAGUCUCAACUCGGAAAUCAUUUUCAGCUUGUCACCGACUAACAAUAUCUCAGAGGCCUUCAAAAGAUUUGGGCUCUCCGACAGAGACGACUCGGUCCUGGUGGUGGUGGUUCACGGCAAAGACGAGCUGCAGGCCGUGGCGGACGUCACGGCCGUGGUGGACGGACAGCAGCUUCCAGUGGACCAGGUUUCCUCACUGUCAGACUUGGAGAGGAUCAGAAAGCUGUACAAAGUCACGCCUCAGGAGGAGACAUGCGGCAGUCUGCUGGACGCCGUCGUGUGUAGAAUGGCCAUAAAAGACGUCAUGUAAGCACCUACAGACACAACAGCGCCACGGGAAUGAAAAUCUGCUCUUUUCAUCACAGAAAUGUCUUUAGGAUUAUUUUUUAUAUUUUCGAUACUGUUUAUGACUGUGUACUCUCCCGGGUUCAGUAGAUUGUGUCACAGUUCACUCGUUUUUAUUCAGUUCUGUUUUCUGGAGCCAGUUUGUGGGGGGGGAAUUUAAAUAUGAAAUCAUUAAAAAUGAUCCUGUUUCCAGUC